AGUGAAUGUGGGAAGUCCUUUAGCCAAAGCUACAGCCUCAAUAGCCAUAUGAAAGUUCACACUGGAGAAAAACCUUAUGAGUGUAUGGAAUGUGGAAAAUGUUUUAGUCAAAGAUCUAAUCUCAUUCAGCAUCAGAGAGUUCACACUGGAGAAAGGCCUUAUGAGUGCAGCGAAUGUGGGAAAUCUUUCAGCCAAAACUUCAGCCUCAUUUACCACCGGAGAGUUCACACUGGAGAACGGCCUCAUCACUGUGGUGAAUGCGGAAAAUCCUUUAGCCGAAGUUCCAGCCUCAUUCACCACAGGAGACUUCAUACUGGAGAAAGGCCUUAUGUGUGUAGUAAAUGUGGUAAAUCCUUUAAGCAAAGCUCCAGCUUUAGUUCACAUCGUAAGGUCCAUACAGGAGAAAGGCCUUAUGAGUGUGGGGACUGUGGAAAAUCAUUUAGCCAUAGCUCCAACCUCAAGAACCACUGGAGAGUUCACACAGGAGAAAAGCCUGUUGAGUGCAGUGACUGUGGGAAAUCAUUUAGCUGUAAAUCUAACCUCGUUAAACACCUGAGAAUUCACACUGGAGAAAGGCCUUAUGAGUGUGGGGCGUGUGGAAAAUCCUUUAGCCAAAGUUCCACUCUCAUUCAGCACCAGAGAGUUCACACUGGGAAAAGGUCGUGAAUACAGUCGAUGUGGGAAAAAUCCUCCAGCUGCAAUUAUUUUUGACCUCAUUCAACAGCAGAGACUUCACACUAAUGAAAGGCUUUAGAUGUGCUGGGAUGUAGUUUCCUUCUAGUGUAAUCACACAGGAAGAGAGAAACUGAUGGAGUCAUCUAAAAUAUCUGUAAAUCCACGUUGGGGACAUUCUCCUUACAGUCCAAGUAUGUGAGAAUCUUUCAGGAGUUGUGUUACACCUUCUUACCUGCCCAGGACCCUUGCCAGAUUUAUGUCACUGCCAGUUCUUUGGCAGAAUUCAUUUCACCUCUAUCACCUGGCAGGUCCACACAGGGUGCAAAAGUUACGUCCCAACAUUCUCAGGGUGCUGACUUCUGUCCCAUCCCCGUUUGCAGGGGGAAAUAAGAGUGGUCUUAGGCCGUAUGGGGUCCUCAUUCCUGUCUCAUUUCCAGGUUAGGGCAUGGACUGGCUCAUUUUAGGUCCAGUGGACCUGAUCUGAAUUCUGUUGGUGAUUUGCCAGGAAGGACUGCAUUUUCAAGGAUAUGUCAGUUUCUGGGGACACUUAUCUUGAAUUUUCCCAGCCUCCAGGUCACCAACUGCAUGCCUCAUGUUUGUUUGCAUUUUGCAAUAAUAAAGGCACUAAUGUUUAAGCCA